GAAGCUUAAAGCUGUGGAGAUGAAGGUGGUGGCUUUGGUAAGCGGCGGCAAGGACAGCUGCUAUGCCAUGAUGAAGUGCCUCCAAUACGGCCACCAGAUUGUUGCUGUGGCAAAUUUGAUGCCAGCUGAUGAUUCGGUGGACGAGCUUGAUAGUUACAUGUAUCAAACUGUUGGGCACCAGAUAGUUAUCAGCUAUGCAGAAUGCAUGGGAGUGCCAUUGUUCAGAAGGAGAAUACAAGGAUCCACAAGGGAUCAGAAGCUUAGCUAUAGAAUGACUCCUGGCGAUGAAGUUGAAGACAUGUUUAUUUUGUUAAAUGAAGUCAAAAGACAGAUUCCUUCUGUCACUGCUGUAUCUUCUGGUGCUAUUGCAUCAGACUACCAACGGCUGCGGGUGGAAAGUGUCUGUUCAAGGUUAGGCCUUGUUUCUCUAGCAUACUUGUGGAAACAAGAUCAGUCAAUGCUCCUUCAAGAAAUGAUAACUAGUGGGAUUGUCGCGAUUACAGUGAAGGUUGCUGCCAUGGGGUUGGAUCCAUCAAAGCACUUGGGCAAAGAAAUGUCAGUGUUGCAGCCGUAUCUGCAUAAGCUGAAAGAUUUAUACGGUAUAAAUGUAUGUGGUGAAGGAGGGGAAUAUGAAACUUUGACACUGGAUUGCCCUCUCUUUGUUAAUGCUCGAAUCAUGCUUGAUGAGUCUCAAGUAGUACUGCACUCUUCUGAUUCCAUAGCGCCAGUUGGGGUGCUUCAUCCGGUGGCUUUUCAUUUGCAAAGUAAGGCAGAGUCCCAUAAAUUAGAGAGCAGUGACAAUACCCAUGCGAUCUGUGAGAAGGUGGGUUCUAUCUAUGAAGUGCAAGGAGACGCAGAAGCAUGUGAUGCCAUUUGCCAGGCUGAUGCUACAGUUGACGACUUGGUUAAACUUCCUGAACAUAAAAUUCACAUUUCAAGAACAGAAAAGGGUGAUACAUUUUCUAUUUGUUGCUGGUUGCAAGAUUCCUGCACAACUUCUGCAGGUUUGCAAGAAGACCUGGAGGUCGUUCUGAAUAAAAUUGAAUCUCUACUCGUGGAAUAUGGUUUUGGUUGGGAAUAUGUGCUCUACAUUCAUCUAUAUAUCGCUGAUAUGGGUGGGUUCUCUACAGCAAAUGAUACAUAUGUGAAACAUAUAACCCAGGAGAAGUGCCCGUUUGGUGUUCCAUCUCGCAGUACAGUCGAACUACCUUUGUUGCAAGUGGGUUUUGGUAAUGCAUACAUGGAAGUUCUAGUUGCAAAUGACCACACCAAAAGAGUUCUGCAUGUGCAAAGUAUAUCUUGUUGGGCACCCAGUUGUAUUGGACCAUAUAGCCAGGCAACUUUGCAUAAGGAGAUACUUCACAUGGCUGGACAAUUAGGGCUCAACCCUCCCACAAUGACGUUAUGUGAUGGAAGCGUCAUGGAUGAGCUUGUAACAGCACUGGACAAUAGUGAAGCAGUGGCAAAUUGCUUUAACUGCUCAAUAUUCACUUCCGCUAUCAUCUUUGUCGACUACUGUUCAACUAAAAUUCCGCCGUCGGAUAGAUUAAGCAUUCAUGACAAGCAUAAAGCUUUCCUUAAACAAAGAAGAGUCUUCAAUUUGGAUAAAGGAAACAACUCUGAAGCAUUGAAUCCCAUUUUUUUAUUUCUCCUUCUCCCGGAUCUGCCAAAAGGGGCGCUUGUAGAAGUUAAGCCUAUUCUAUUUGUUGCAGACGUUUUUGAAGCUACAAUUAGUGAUGUAAAAGACCAGCGUCACUCAAGGUCCACUGAUUACUGGGGUUUUCAGCAUGCAAAUUGGCAUGAAUCGUGCAUUCAAAAGUGCAUUGUUCCUGGAAAGUUAUGUGCAGUUGUUUUGUCUGUGAAUAGCGAACUUGCUGCCAUGAUCUGUGACAAGGACAAAGGGGAUCAUCAAAAAUCUGUCAUAGGAAGGCAGAUGGAUAGAGUUUUAAGAUUUUGCUUAUAUCUUCUUGAUAAGAUUAUCAUGGAGAACGAUUUCGGUUGGGAAGACACAAUGUAUUUGAGAUUCUACUUUCCAACAAGUCUUCAAAUGACUCUGGAUGCACUCUCUCUCAUGUUGACCAAUGCAUUCAGCGAAUUUGCUGAGAUGAAUCGAAAUAUCAAGAUCGGGAAGGACCCCAUCUUCAACCUGGUUCCUGUGUUAGGUGCUGGGAAGUCUCCUGCAUCCAUGAAUGAUAUCAUCACCUGUGAACUAUUGGCUCGGAAGUGAGCUUCAAACUGAUCCGGUGCAAAUAUUGCACAAUUUUGUAAUGUGACCUCAUAAUCAUAUAAUGUAUCUGAUGCCUGUGAUAUAAACUGUCAACCUAAUUGUGUAAUCAAAAUUCAUGAAACUCUAUACAACCAACGCUAUUCCUC